AGCAGCAGCCACCCGAUGUCUUCGGCGCCCGAGAAGCAGCAGCCACCGCACGGCGGCGGCGGCGGCGGCGGGGGCGGCGGCGGCGGCGGCGGCGGCGCGGCCAUGGACCCCGCGUCGUCCGGCCCGUCCAAGGCCAAGAAGACCAACGCCGGCAUCCGGCGCCCCGAGAAGCCGCCCUACUCGUACAUCGCGCUCAUCGUCAUGGCCAUCCAGAGCUCGCCCACCAAGCGCCUGACGCUCAGCGAGAUCUACCAGUUCCUGCAGAGUCGCUUCCCCUUCUUCCGCGGCUCCUACCAGGGCUGGAAGAACUCGGUGCGCCACAACCUCUCGCUCAACGAGUGCUUCAUCAAGCUGCCCAAGGGCCUGGGGCGGCCCGGCAAGGGCCACUACUGGACCAUCGACCCGGCCAGCGAGUUCAUGUUCGAGGAGGGCUCCUUUCGGCGGCGGCCGCGCGGCUUCCGAAGGAAAUGCCAGGCGCUCAAACCCAUGUACAGCAUGAUGAACGGGCUGGGCUUCAACCACCUCCCGGACACCUACGGCUUCCAGAGCUCCGCGGGCGGCCUCUCGUGCCCGCCCAACAGCCUGGCGCUGGAGGGCGGCCUGGGCAUGAUGAACGGCCACUUGCCGGGCAACGUGGACGGCAUGGCCUUGCCCAGCCACUCGGUGCCACACCUGCCCGCCAACGGCGGCCACUCGUACAUGGGCAGCUGUGGCGGUGCCGCGGCCGGUGAGUACCCGCACCACGACAGCUCCGUGCCGGCCUCCCCGCUGCUGCCUGCGGCCGCCGGCGGGGUCAUGGAGCCGCACGCGGUCUACUCGGGCUCCACGGCCGCCUGGCCGCCCUCAGCCUCUGCCGCGCUCAACAGCGGCGCCUCCUACAUCAAGCAGCAGCCCCUGUCCCCCUGCAACCCCACGGCCAACCCCCUGUCCGGCAGCCUCUCCACGCACUCCCUGGACCAGCCGUAUCUACACCAGAACAGUCACAACGCCCCAGCCGAGCUGCAAGGCAUCCCGAGGUAUCACUCCCAGUCGCCUGGCAUGUGUGACCGCAAGGAGUUCGUCUUCUCCUUCAACACCAUGGCGCCCUCGUCCAUGCACUCGGCGGGCAGCGGCUCCUACUACCACCAGCAGGUCACCUACCAAGACAUCAAGCCCUGCGUGAUGUGAGACCACAGCCCGCGGGGCCCUCUGGGCACGGGCGGCCUGGCCCGGGGACCCGGAACCCGUCGCAGAAACUGCUCUAUUCUUGAGGUAUAACCGUAGGCCGAAGACGAGGGUCUGACCCCUACCCACCCGGAUUAUUUGGAAAGGAGUCCCCAAGGCAAAGGAAGAGCCAGCUCGGCGGCACCCACUCCCUCAAAAAAUUAACAAGUGGUGGCUGAGGGGCCUGGUCUGACUGCAGCUGUUGGUAAAUAAAAAUCUGUUUUUGAACCAGUUGAAGCCGGCUGAGAAGGUG